CGAAGAGGAGGACGACCAUCAUCAUCAUCAUCUCAAGAGACCCAUCACCCUCCUUAAGUACAAGCACUUAAUCUUGUGGUCAGACCAUAAUCUCUCGCAACCACUGCGAGCAAACAGUCGACCCCACUAUGUGGAAAAUCCCGAAAAUUUCCAACUGUUUCAUAUCCCUUGGUCAUGUUAUGUACCAGCCAUGAGGAUUACACCCAAUCCCAAAUUAUUUUAGAGGGACUUUUUUCUUCUUGGCGUGAGACUGUGAGUCUCUGAAUCCCUCUCUUAGUACAAAUUUCUCAUCUCUCUCUGCUUCAUGACGACAAAUAGUAGUGGUGAUUGUGGGGCAGGUGUCAUACACAGAUUUUCCCCCUUAAACCCUCAAUUACUCUCCAAUCUAAUCUGUAAAUUAUUGGAAAUAAAGUUGUGGUUGCUUAAAUGAAAGAUUAUUAAAUUGAAUUAUAAACUUCACCGGUGAAAAAAACAGUGUCCUUUAUUUUAACAUAACGAAGCCCAGUGAUUGUUCAACAAGUUAAAGUGUUAGUGAGUGGUGUGGAAUUUGUUGUGAAAAAUGUUGAUCAAUCGAUUGGUGGAUGUACAUAAUAAUCCAUGCUCACUUCCCAAUUACAAUUACACUUAUACACCGGCAAUUUGUAUUUCUGCGCAAUCAAUAAUUUAACAUAUUGUUGAAUUGAAUCGCUUAUUAUUGCCAAUCUCAUAUGGCGUGUCGUCGUAAACGCAAAGUCAUAAAAGAACUUGUUUGAACUGUAUCUGCAUAUUAAAGUGAUUUCAAAGUGGAGUUGAGUGAAUUGUUACUCUGAGAUAAUUAGGGGUUGGUUGGAGUGGUUCCAUCUCCGAUCGCUACCUUAUUACUCUUUAAUGAACCCAGGUAAUUAGACAUGCAGGCGACCCAAUAUAAUAGUCACUGCAUACUAAUUCACCAUGGGCAAGACCAACAGGGAAACAAAGGUUUUUAAAGAGGACGAAGAAACCCGAUCAACAUCCGACAUCUCGAUAGCGACUGAUCGCUGCAAACAUGUUUUCACUCAAGACUUUUCUGUUGCCACGGUCCUGGUUGUCGCCUAUUUGAUUGAAACCAUAGUUCAGAUCGUCCUGAUUGUCAACUGUUACCGGUCCCCUUUUUUCAUUUCGGCGACAUCGAGUCAAAACUGGUUAUGGAUAUUAUUUCUCAGUUGGAUUGUCACCUCUUUGCUGGUCACGCUCGUGAGUGUCGUUUGGACUUGGAAUGGUUUGGAUUUUUCAGGAAGAGUGUGUGGUCAACUGCUUUGCUACCUCAUGCAUUUGUUUUUAUUAGGUUUUCUGUGGCGCUACUUGAAAAUUGCGUUGGCUUAUGAGAAAGCGGACGUUGAAGAAUUUUUCAAGUUGAGAAAACUGCAGAUCUAUAUUCAAGCAUUUCCACUCCUCGUCGUCCAUCUUGCAUACCUCCUCAACGACGACCUGGCACAAAGUUAUGAUAAUUCCGUGGGUUCGUGGAUGAUUGCGGGGGAAUUGUGCAGUUCAAUACUCUCAUUGUCUCUGCACCCAUUGUUGAAGUUAAAAAGCGAGCCGUUGGACGAGGGAGCGAGGAGGAGCAGUGACCAUAAACAUAAGCCACGACGACGACGGUUGACGAGUGCAACAAUUGAAAUCUAUGUGACAAUCAGGAUCCUUCUCCUGAUUUCUCGAGUCUUAGUGGUUUCACUACUACUGUUUUCACUCACAACGAGUCGUAGUUACUGGCCUAUGCUGGUCAUAGCCGCCCAUCUCUUGACUAUAUUUAUGUGGACAUGCUUAACGACCCUUGUCUUUAAUGCUCAGACAACCCCAUCAAGUACAAGCACAGCUAAAAGUGGUGACACUGAAUCCAAUAAUGAGUGGAUGAGAAACCAAAAUGUACAAAUAAAAGAAGAAAAGCAACCCAACAGCAAUUGUGGAAUACGAUGUGUUUUAAUCCCAUCAUCACAAUCAGCAUCAUUGUGGGAGAAGAGUAAAUCUGUUGUGAAAAACUCGUUAGUUUCUUCGUAUGCAUUGUUUUGGGAUGUGAACAGUGGUGAUGAAGAUGGUGUUGGUUUUAGUGGGAGUCGCAUGUUGGUUAGUCUUUCACUUCCGGUUUUUCUAGUACUGGUUGAAAAUGUGAUUGUGUUGGUAUUUCACUGUGUGGGACCGGGUCAAACCGCAGUAUAUUUCUUUGUGAUUAUUAGUGGAUCUUGUCUUGCCUUUGGACUUUUACUUUAUAUCCUGAUGACCACCCGGAAUAAGUGGAAUAUCGUUUGCAAUUCUCAAAAAGAAUUGCCGGCAAUUGAACACCAACAAAUAAAUCCUGCUGUGGUCGCUGGGAGUUUCCAUAAAUUUUUGCCAAAUUCAGUGAUAAUUGAGCAUGAAAAGUAUCGCCUUGAUCAUAAUUUCCGAGAUUAUGAGAAUGAAAGAAUAAACGUUUUACUAAAUGUGAGAAAUGUGAACAAUAAACUAGCAUCUCCUCCCAUUCUUCGAGUUGAUGAGGGUGUAAUGAGUAACCUGAGCACGAGUGACAUAACAAAUACCUGCAAUUAUGUGAGGAUUAAUGAAACGCUGAUGAUGGCCGUGAAAAUGCACCAAGGUGGAAAUCCUGACAUGAACAAUGAGAAUAAAAUGGGUCAUCAGCGAUUCCACGAAAUUUUGACGACACCCGUCGACCGUGGUGAAAUUGUAUCACCACCAUCGCAUGACAACACUAAAAGGAGUCUAAGUUCCACAAGUAGUCGAAAUACCAAUACCAUAUCAAAUUUAACUCUGCAAAAUUUCCCAGAUGAGGCAAAACACAAGAACUCAACCAAGAAAUCAACGACGCAUUCAAUUAACCAAAGCAGCCCUUUAAUCAUCCGUAAAGCGUGUAAAAUUCAGUUAAACGCACCGAAAAAACAUUUACUGAACAGUUUACAACGGAAUAAUUCCAAUCCUGCUGUGGAGCCGAGUGGAGGUAGGAACAGGUGUCACUGCAAGACCAUUGACAAAUGUGGACCUUACCGAACAAGUGACAGCAGUAUUUACGAAAAGUUAAUUGAAGACGCAUAUGGGAUUUUAAUCUGUGAGGGGAGCCAAAAGAGUGAAAGGCCAGUUAACAACAAUGUUCACUCAACCUCAGCAGCACCCCCAUUCAGCAAAAAACUAAGGGUUCUCUGUGCAAAAUGCUUAGGGAACCAUGACCCUCUUCUCUCCAACUGUCCUGCUGUUGUGGAUCACACAAUUCAAUUCGGAAAUCGAACCGAAACCUGCCUCAGACUGAAAAAUAAUGAUAACAAGGCUCAAAAAACGUCCCUCUCUCCUGUACCUUUGCCAUUUGACUCGCCAAAAAUGUACUCGGAAACCACGGAAUAUCCCACAGACACGGAAUUCACCUGCAAUUUGAACGACAACGAGGAAUACGAUGACGACGAUGAGGGAUCAAUCUCCACCCACAUUCAAUCCGUAACUUAUGUCAAUUUGCCCUACCACACGACGACCGGUGGGGGUGGAUUUUUCAAUUCCACAUUUAAUUCUACUGCUUCCAACAUGUUCCCAUCUGCAGAGGCGAGAAAAGAGUUUACGGGAAUGGAAUAUGUGAAAGCUUGGCUCCUCAUGAAUGACGUAGAAGCGAAAGAAAUGCUGAGGAAGAGAAAUAAUAAUAAUAGGACCAAUAAUUUAAGUCGUGGAAAUUGUAACAAAAUUUCGAGUAAAUCGAAGCACAUUUCCAAACCUCGUCCAAACUCUACGUUAGCAAAUCCAUAUCGUAAAAGUCAACCUAUUUGUGUUUACCAAAUGAAGUCUCCGCCAAUGCAAAAGCAACACCCAGAUUUAAACGAUAACUUUUCAAUUAGUCAUCAUCAUUGUUUAAAUCAAUCGUCUGAACAAAGUGUAAAUUUUAAUACAAACCUUAAUUGUAAAGAAUAUCACAAUGCCCCAUUUGUGGUAACAGAUUUUAAUGAGCUACAAAAUGAUUUGUUAGAAACGGUUGUCUAAUAUUUAUUGCAAAUGACCACAACUAAAGUAUGCAGUAUAGAUUAUUUAUUAUUCACACAUUUGGAAAAGCCAAUAUUAAAGUAAAUAUUUUUCUCGUGA